UUAGUUCAAUGUUCGUAUUCGAGUAAACGUUGAUUGCUGGCGUUUAAGAUGUUGUCUUCAGUUUUAUUUCUUCUUGGCGUGGCGUCUAUCUCCCAGUCCUCCGUUUUGCAAAGAUUCGACCCGCGUAUCAUAAAUGGCGAAGAUGUAGAACUAGGUGAAAUACCGUAUCAGGUCUCUCUGCAACUAUCAACGAGUAGCUUUCAUUUUUGUGGCGGAUCUAUCGUUAAUCCAAAUUUCGUCGUUACGGCUGCUCACUGCGUCGAAGGCAAAGUUCCCAUGGACAUAAAAAUCAUCGUUGGCACUGUAAACCUGGACCGUCCACGCGUGAUACAUGCGGCUAAAGAGAUCAUUGUUCAUAAAGAGUACGAUUCUUAUAAUUCGUGGAUCAAUGACAUCGCAUUAAUUAGGGUGUACACUUCUUUCGUCCCAUCGAACGACGUUGGUUUCGUACCUCUGCCCGAGCAAGACGAAACUGUCCAGGAAGGGGCUGUGGCCAGAGUUUCCGGAUUUGGAAGAUUAUCGCAAGACGGACCUGGAUCCAAAAUCUUGCAAAAGGCUACCAUUUACAUAGCAAAACAAAGCUAUUGCAAGAAGAUGUAUGAAAAGCUUAUAUACAAUAUUUACAACACUCAUAUUUGUGCCAACGACCCGAACGUCAGUCGAGGAUCUUGUAAUGGUGACUCGGGCGGUCCCUUGAUCGUUAAUGGAAAACUCGUCGGGCUUGUAUCAUGGGCGAAAGCUUGUUCCCUUACUGACUAUCCGACUGUGUACACUCGCGUACCUUCGUACAUCAACUGGAUCAAGGAGAAUGCCGUAUAAAUUCACUUGAUAUUCAUUAUUCGUAUAGACUGACGAUCGCGAUCGCAAUUUACACAAGCAUAUCAGGUUACGUUCAUGUUUCUCUCUAUUUUAUUUCGUCACGCUGUGUCAGCACAAUAGACUUUCUUAUCUCGCGCAGACAAAACGUGUUAAUGUCGCCAGAUUAUGCGGUAUCUGCUAAACUGAUCGCUAACGUGAUUAAGCUAUCAGUGUAGACACGCACGGAGAUCAGUCCCGUGUCAGAAGCCGCAAUUUAAGCAAGAAAUUUGUAAUGCAAGCACAUUCGCAUCGAUAAUUCGUGUUACAAAUAUGCUUGCGUUAUAAUUUUCACAAAUCUCGCAAAAUAUUUUGUCGCAGUUCUAAAAUCUAUAGCAAACUUCUGUCUUUCACCAGCGUUUCUUUCAUGUAUCUAUUAUUUAUAAAUAAGAAAGAGAUUUUCGUAAAUUUCGAAUAAUGCGCAAAGGAUGUCAUUAUUCGCGAGAAUUAUUGUACUAAGAGUGUGUUAGAAUAUUUAAUAUUAUAGGAUGUAAAUAGGCUACUUUUUGUAUCUGCCGUUAAAUUUAAAUUUAAAUUAUAUGUACUCAAAAUCUCUGUACAUAAAUGUUGUGACUGCGUGAAGAGGAAAAGAUCCGUAAUAUAAUAUAGUUUAAUUAAAAUAA